GCAGACAUUCAGUGGCACAGUUCAUGGGACCGUUCCGUGUCAUCUGCCCUGUACCUGUGCUGCAUGUGCAGGUGAGCUGCUGAAGAAAAAAAAAACCUGGGAAAGACAAGCUGGGCUUUGGUGUCACACUCACACAGAGAUAUCCUCACAGAAGGUGCCAAAAUGUUGACGCAGGUUCUGUCCUUUGGACGCUCUCUGGUGCGGAGAAAAGUGGUCGACCUGAGCAGCCUGGAAGACUCUAAGCUCUGCCGCUGCCUCGGAACCGCCGACCUCAUAGCCCUGGGGGUGGGCAGCACUCUUGGUGCCGGAGUCUAUGUGCUGGCUGGGGAGGUGGCCAAGGGGGAUUCUGGUCCGAGCAUUGUCAUCUCCUUCCUUAUCGCUGCCCUGGCCUCCGUCAUGGCAGGUCUGUGUUAUGCAGAGUUUGGUGCUCGAGUCCCCAAAACGGGCUCUGCCUACCUGUACAGCUACGUGACCGUGGGAGAGAUCUGGGCCUUCAUCACGGGCUGGAACCUCAUCCUGUCCUAUGUGAUCGGAACCUCCUCAGUUGCCAAAGCUUGGAGUGGCACGUUUGAUGAAAUGAUCGGAGGACACAUCGAGGUCUUCUGUAAAACCUAUUUCAGCAUGAACUCCCCUGGUCUGGCCCAGUACCCCGACUUCUUUGCCGUCUGCCUGAUACUGCUGCUCUCUGGGCUCCUUUCCUUUGGUGUGAAGGAAUCCGCCUGGGUGAACAAAGUCUUCACUUCAAUCAACGUGCUGGUUCUGUUGUUCGUCAUCAUCUCCGGUUUUGUCAAAGGAGACACAGACAACUGGAAAAUCACCGAAGAAUCUCUGAUAAAUGUCACCAUAAUAAAGAGGAACCUGUCGGUCACAGCUAACGUGAGCAGCGAUUACGGAGUAGGCGGAUUCAUGCCCUACGGCUUCAGCGGCACUUUGGCUGGAGCCGCCACCUGCUUUUACGCUUUUGUUGGAUUUGACUGCAUCGCCACAACAGGUGAGGAGGUGAAAAACCCCCAGAGGGCAAUACCCAUGGGCAUCGUGGUGUCACUGACCGUGUGCUUCCUGGCGUACUUUGGUGUGUCUGCCGCACUCACCCUCAUGAUGCCCUACUAUGUGUUGGAUGAGAAGAGCCCCCUCCCCAUGGCCUUUGAGUACGUGGGAUGGGACCCGGCCAAAUAUGUGGUGGCUGUAGGUUCUCUGUGUGCCCUGUCCACCAGCCUGCUGGGCUCCAUGUUCCCUAUGCCUCGUGUAAUCUAUGCUAUGGCUGAUGAUGGCGUGCUUUUCAAAGUCUUAGCCCGAAUCAAUCCUAAGACGAAGACCCCACUUAUUGCCACUAUGGUCUCCGGUGUAGUCGCAGCGAUCAUGGCUUUCCUCUUUGAUCUGAAAGCCCUGGUGGACAUGAUGUCCAUCGGAACCCUUCUGGCCUACUCUCUGGUGGCUGCCUGUGUUCUGAUUCUCAGGUACCAGCCGGACGCAGCUCUGGAGUGGUGUCCAGGUUCGAGAGAGAGGGAUCUCCUGGCCUCCGAGGAGUCGGAGCUGACGGAGUCCGAGUCUCACCUCCACAUGCUGAAUAGCGGCAGCUCCACCAUGCAGACCGUCCUCCACCCUCCUGCCUCUCCCUCGGAGCACUCCUCCAGUGUCGUCAACUGUUUCAUCGGCGUCUUAGUGCUGGUGGUGUGUGUGGUCAGCUACCUCACCACCUACUACAUCAGCUCCAUCCUGGCUAUGGAGGUGUGGAUCCUGGUGCUGCUGUCCGUGUGUCUCCUCAUCUUCAGCGCCUGCGUCCUGAUGGUUUGCAGGCAGCCUCAGACCAGCAAGAAGGUCUCCUUCAUGGUUCCUCUCCUGCCAUUCCUGCCUAUCCUGAGUAUAUUUGUCAAUAUAUACCUCAUGGUUCAGCUGAGUGGAGACACCUGGAUCCGUUUCUCAGUGUGGAUGGCAGUGGGAUUCCUGAUUUAUUUUGGCUAUGGAAUGUGGCACAGUGCGGAGCGACAGCGCCACCUCCAGAGUCCUUUGAACAGCACCAACAGAACUCAGAAACAGAGCAAAAGCGUCAAAGUGACUGAUGUCAGUGUGAACGCAGAAGGUAAAGAGCAGGGUCACUUAAUCCCAUCAGAGAAGACGAGUCAGUUCUAGGCCGAGCGCCUCCUACAGACUCUCCGUGGAAACACAACACACAACAUUCUCUGCUCUGACCUGAAGCACACUACAACUGUCACUGUGAUGAUGUCAUGACACCCCGUCACGUCACGUCACGAUACUUUGCUUUACUUUACUUUACUUCACGGACAGCAUGGAGAUCCAACAGCGCGGUUGCACUUCAGAGUGAGGUUUGAUUCCUUCUCACACAAUCAAAAACAUGACUGCAGUGACUGUGUGGAUUUAAAAUGUGUCCGAAAUAAUAUUGUUACUAAUAAUAACACAGUUAAAAAAGUUUUUAUAAUGUCAGACUUUUAUCGUUAGUUUAGUUUUAUUAUACGAUAUAGAAAUUUAACACGUGACAGUGUGAGACUUUUCUUUUCUUUUUUUGCAUACUGUACUUGGAAAACAGGUCAAUGAGUCGAGGUGGAACAUGUCCUUCCAUCAAUUUAAACUGUUUCUCUCCAAAUUUCUAUGCAUUUACUUAUAAGUUCAGUUUGUUUACAGGUCUUUUCAUCUUCUGUUUUUGUCUUUACUGUGUCGUUAGAUACGUCUGACUGAUGGGAAAGAAAUUUACUGACAGUAUUUGUACCACCUAGUGGUUGAUUGCUGACUGUUACCUCUGUGUGUGUGUAUGGGCUAUCCUUGUGAGGACAUUUUUGUCCCCACCAGGAAAGAAGAUAUUUUUAAGGUAUGAAACCUAGUUUGUUAGUUAGGAUUUGGAUGAGGACUGGGUUAUGGUUAGAGUAAGGAUUAAGAUUAGGAAUACAUUUGUGGUAGUUAAAGUUAAGGUACAGGUUUAGAGGCUGCAACGUGAAAUCCUCACAUUGUUUGUGUGUAGUACGGGGGGCGUGGAGGGUUGAGGCGGGAGGGAGGUAAUGCUUCUAUGUAAACAUUGUUGUUCUAAUAAAGUUGUAGGACUACAUA